GCUCUCUAACAGGAGCCGGCUCCAACAUGUGAGCGGGCCGCUGUGUUCAGAACCAACACAUCAGAACUUCAGAGGAAAUGUUCCCUCCUUCAUUCACUACAUCUGACCUCACUCUGGAUGUUUCUACAGACCUGGAACAUGAUUCCAGUUUAGACCUGAAAAGGUUUCACACUCAGUUUUAGCUUCAUUUUCUAAAUAAACCAGAACUUCUCCAGAUGGUUCUGAGGAGAUCAGCCAGCAGACAUCAGGAGGUGCAUGAAGUAGUGAAGGAGAGGACAAUCCAGACCCAGAUGGUACCUGCUGAACUCAGGCUGACUGAAGUCCAGAAGAUGGAGGAUUGUGAUCUAAAGGAGGACAGAGCAGAACCUCCAGGAUCCAGCUGUCCAUCUAUGAGGAGUGACUGGUCCAGAAAAAAACCUCCAGACUUCAGUGAAGAACCUGGACCCUCAGACUGGGCUUCAGGCUGGGAAACACAGAGGAACAUUUGGAGAAACAUGGAGGAGAACAAAGCAACGUCUCCAGCACCCAGCUGUGUUUCUCUGCAGAGUGACAUGUCCAAAGAUCCUCCUAUAUUCUUCAAUAAUGAUCCUGGACCCCCAGAUCAAAGCUGGGCUUCAGGCUGGGAAACACAGAGGACCGUUUUGAGGAACAUGGAGGAGAACAGAGCAACGUCUCCAGCACCCAGCUGUGUUUCUCUGCAGAGUGACAGGUCCAAAGAUCUUCCUAUAGUGUUCAGUAAUUAUCCUGGACCCCCAGAUCAAAGCUGGGCUUCAGGCUGGGAAACACAGAGGACCGUUUUGAGGAACAUGGAGGAGAACAGAGCAACGUCUCCAGCACCCAGCUGUGUUUCUCUGCAGAGUGACAGGUCCAAAGAUCUUCCUAUAGCGUUCAGUAAUUAUCCUGGACCCCCAGAUCAAAGCUGGGCUUCAGGCUGGGAAACACAGAGGACCGUUUUGAGGAACAUGGAAGGGAACAGAGCAACGUCUCCAGCACCCAGCUGUGUUUCUCUGCAGAGUGACAGGUCCAAAGAUCUUCCUAUAGCGUUCAGUAAUUAUCCUGGACCCCCAGAUCAAAGAUGGAGGAAGAGGAGCAGCGUUGGUGAUAAGGAGCAGCGGUCCUGCUGUGCUUUGUGUCAGAAGGUCCUGAUGGAUCCGGUAUCUACCAGCUGUGGACACUGGUUCUGCAGACAGUGCAUCACGUCAUACUGGGUCCAGUCUGCUCCAUCAGGACCCUCCUCCUGCCCCCAGUGUGGGAAAAGACCCAGAGGAGGACCUGGACUGCUGGCAGCCAAUCAGAGCAGCUGUGCUCCAGCAGAUGUUGGUCUGCAGGAGGUUCUAGAGGAACAUAAGAUCAGUCUGAGGAGGAGAUGUGAACGUGUGACUGAAGGAAGUGAUGAACCAGGAAGUAGAACCCUCCUCAACAGGAUCUACACUGAUCUCUACAUCACAGAGGGACAGAGUGAAGAGGUUAAUACCCAACAUGAGGUGAAGCAGCUGGAGAGAGCUUCCAGGAUCCAGAACCUCCAUGACUCUCCAAUCAGGUGCCACGACAUCUUUAAAGCCUUACCUGACCAACAUGGAGCCAUCAGAGUGGUUCUGACCAACGGCGUCGCUGGUGUUGGAAAAACCUUCUCAGUGCAGAAGUUCACUCUGGACUGGGCCGAGGGCUUGGAGAACCAAGAUGUCCGUGUGGUGGUUCUGCUGUCGUUCAGGGAGCUGAACCUGAUCAGAGGUGAGCAGCACAGUCUUCUCACGCUGCUCCAUGUUUUCCAUCCAACCCUCCAGAAGCUCCCAGCAGAGCAGCUGGCUGCCCACAAACUUCUCUUCAUCUUUGACGGCCUGGAUGAAAGCAGACUUUCUCUGGACUUCAACCACAGUCGGCUUGUUUCUGACGUCACACAGAAGUCAUCAGUCGACGUUCUGCUGACAAACCUCAUCAAGGGGAACCUGCUUCCCUCGGCUCUGGUCUGGAUCACCUCCAGACCUGCAGCGGCCAAUCAGAUCCCUCCUUCAUGUGUUGCCAGGGUAACAGAGGUACGAGGCUUCACCGACGCCCAGAAGGAGGAGUACUUCAGGAGGAGGUUCAGUGAUGAAGAGCUGUCCAGCAGAAUCAUCUCCCACAUCAAGACCUCCAGGAGCCUCCACAUCAUGUGUGGAAUCCCAGUCUUCUGCUGGAUCACUGCUACGGUUCUGGAGAACAUGUUGACCACAGAGCAGAGAGGAGAGCUGCCCAAGACCAUGACUGACAUGUACUCUCACUUCCUGCUGGUCCAGACCAGGAGGAAGAAGAACAAGUACCAUGGAGGACAUGGGAGGAGUCCUCAGGAGCUGAUGGAGGCUGACAGGGAAGUUCUCCUGAAGCUGGGGAGGCUGGCGUUGGAACAUCUGGAGGAAGGAAACAUCAUGUUCUACCAAGAAGACCUGGAGCAGUGUGGUCUGGAUGUCACAGAGGCCUCGGUGUACUCAGGAGUUUGUACAGAGAUCUUCAAGAGAGAGAGUGUGAUGUUCCAGAAAGCAGUCUACUGCUUUGUUCAUCUGAGCAUUCAGGAGUUUCUGGCUGCAGUCUACAUGUUCCACUGCUUCACCAGCAGGAACACAGAGGUGAUGGAGAAGUUCUUGGGACAAAAAUACAGAGAAACAUCUCUGGAGGACUUCCUGAAGAGAAUCAUGGAGAGAUCCCUCAGAAGUAAAAAUGGCCACCUGGACCUGUUUGCUCGCUUCCUUCAUGGCCUCUCUGUGGAGUCCAACCAGAGACUCUUAGGAGGCCUGCUGGGUCAGACAGAGAACAGUCCAGAAACCAUCCAGAGAGUCAUCAACAACCUGAAGGAGAUGAACACUGAUAAAAUCUCUCCUGACAGAAGCAUCAACAUCUUCCACUGUCUGAUGGAGAUGAAGGACCUCUCAGUUUAUCAGGAGAUCCAGCAGUUCCUGAAAUCAGAGAACAGAUCAGAGAAGCUCUCAGAGAUCCAGUGUUCAGCUCUGGCCUUCAUGCUGCAGAUGUCAGAGGAGGUUCUGGAUGAGUUGGACCUGGAGAAGUACAACACAUCAGAAGCAGGACGACUGAGACUGAUUCCAGCUGUGAGGAACUGCAGAAAGGCUCGACUUAAUGGCUGCAAACUCUCAGAGACUGAAGUUGAAGUUGUAGCCUCAAUUCUGAAGUCUAACCCCUCUCAUCUGACUGAAGUGGAGAUAAGAAAGUUUGAAGGAUUGAAAGACUCUGGAAUGAAGAAUCUGUGUGAGAUACUGAAGAGUUCAGUCUGCAGAGUUAACAUCCUGAGGUCUUCAGGAAGGCUGAUCCACAGCUGAGGGCCAGAGGUGGAGAAAGUCUCCUCAUCGUAGGUUUUAGUUCUCAGAAUGACCCACCAGACACACAGAGACCCACUGAGAACAACUGACCCAGUAUGAUGGAGAACAUCUGAGCCCAGCAGCAGAACAUCGGACCAAUGUUCAGUGAUCAGGGACUGAAUGAGCAGAACUUUAAACAGACGCCAUGUUUCCUUAGAGAAAACCCUCCAUGCAGGCUGCUGGUUUAGGUUGAAGAUAAAUCCAGAACAAUCUGAGCUGAAACUCUGUUAAAUGAUCCAUGUUUAGAACAUUAUGGGUCUGAGAACCACUGUUCUACCAGAACCCUGACCCAGACUAGGAGACAGCAGCAUUUUAAACAGACGCCAGAGCGAUCAGACUUAAAUAUCCAGCAGCAGCAAGUGAUCAUGGAUGGAUUUAUGUUCAAGUAGAGUUUAUUGUUGUGUGGUAAUCUACAACCUC